GCCCUCUCCUGCACCAUGAAGACCCCGAAGAAGCAGUGGCUGGACGUAGUGGGUGCCUACCAAUUCGUGCUCACUUUCCUUUUCAUGGGCCUUUCUUCACUCCUUCUUGUCUUCUCCCUCCUCUUCACGUCCCUCUGGUCACUCUCUGUUCUCUACUUGGCAUGGCUCGUCCUGGACUGGAACACACCCAACCAAGGUGGAAGGCGGUCUAAGUGGAUAAGGAACUGGACCAUUUGGAAACACCUAAGGGAUUAUUAUCCUAUCAAGCUGGUGAAAACAGUAGAGCUGCCCCCUGACCAGAACUAUGUGUUUGGCUCUCAUCCACAUGGGAUCAUGUGCAUCGGAACCGCCUGUAAUUUCUCAACCGAGAGCACUGGCUUCUCCCAGAAGUUCCCUGGGCUUCGGGCCUCACUAGUUGGGCUGGACGGACUCUUCCACAUUCCAAUCUAUCGAGACUACCUCAUGGCCACUGGAGUAUGUUCUGUGAGCCGCCAGAGCCUGGACUUUAUCCUGUCACAGCCCCGGCGUGGGCAGGCCGUGGUCAUCCUGGUUGGGGGUGCCCAAGAAUCCAUGUAUGCACUCCCAGGGGUGCAUCAUGUUGUUCUCCAGAAUCGCAAAGGCUUUGUACGCCUGGCGCUGAGGCACGGGGCCUCCCUGGUACCUGUGUACUCCUUUGGGGAGAAUGAUGUCUUCAGACUUAAAGUUUUUGCCACAGACUCUUGGCAGUAUCUGUGCCAGUCCAUCAUCAAGAAGUACCUGGGCUUUGCUCCUUGCAUCUUCUGGGGCCGCAGUCUCUUCUCAGCCAACUCCUGGGGCCUGCUGCCCUUCCCUGUGCCCAUCACUACUGUGGUGGGCCGCCCCAUCCUGGUGCCCCAGAGCCUCAACCCCACUGACGAGGAAGUUGACCACUACCACACACUCUACAUGAAGGCUCUGGAGGAACUGUUUGAGGAGCACAAGGAAAGCUGUGGUGUCCCUGCUUCUACUCACCUCACCAUCACAUAGCCCUGGCCUUGCCCUGCCCGCCAGCUCCUGAGCUCCUAAUCCCAGUGCACUGAAACACCACCCCCCCCCCCACCACCACCACCACCUACUGCUGGGUCUAGUCCUCCAAUAAAAGCUAGUUCUCACCCAGCUGGUGUGCUCAGUGGUCAACCUAUAUGAACCAGGAGGUCACAGUUCGAUUGCUGGUCAGGGCACAUGCCCGGUUGCAGGCGUGUAGGAGGUAGCUGAUCAAUGAUUCUCUUUCAUCUUUGAUGUUUCUUUCCCUCUCCCUUCCUCUCUAAAAUCAAUAAAAACAUUUUCAAAAAUAAAUAAAAUUAAAAAAGCAAAAGCUAGUUCUCUUCCAUCACUACUUCGUAGAAUCGGAUGCUUGCAGAGCUGAUGCUCCUGCUCUGGGAGUUAGCAUGCCCAGGCAUAAUCAGCCCCCAUUCUAACGUGCUAGAGUUGCUGCCUUAGAUUGGGCAUCAGGACCCUAAAUUCUCCUUCCAGUGAAAAUUAAUUCUGUUGCAUGACUUUGCAUAAGUCUCUUUCUUUUUCUGGGCCCCUUCUCCCUCUGUAACUUAAGGCAUCUGCUUAGCUAAGAGCUGUGGGAUAUUUGGACUGAGUUUGGGAGGGUGGCUGCAGGAGGGUUAGGCUUUGAAGGGUAAGCAGGAUUUAGGUGAGUGGAGAAGAUAGUGUGGGUAGUGGAAUGCUAUGAGUAAAAGCUGAGCUUGGUCAAGGAGACCUGACAGUAUAAAGAGUGGAAUGAUGCCCAGUAGUAGAAAGACAGUUAGGUACAUAGCUUGCUUCUCUGUACUUCUUCCUCAUCCUUAAAGUUUCCUUGGGGCUGGGAGAUCAGAUGAAGCAAGGAUUUGUUUUACCAUUAUUAAGCCCUACUGCUAGCCCAGCAUUAGGUCACCAUUUACUCAUUUGCUUAAUAAGCAUAAGAUUAUUGUGAAGACUAAAGAAUUAAGAUUUAGGGGCUUAGAACAGAGAUAGGCAACACAUGAGCCAAUGAGAAUUGACUAUAAUCAUCAUUGUCAUUAUAGUCAGGGUAUGAGUCAAAUGAGAGGAUAAGGUUAAACAGCCUAAGGGUCCUUAUGUGGUUGGUCCUUAUGUUGUCAGUCCUAUUUGUUGACUGGCUUUGUGUCUGUAACCGGGGUUUAAACAAGAAUAACUUGUUGGAAUGUACUAGUAAUUGGAAUGC